AUGACGAACAACAGCGAAACAAGCAUUCAACAGCAAGAACAGCGUGUGGUAACGAGCCUAGGAUCGUCCCCUCUACCGGCUUUGGUCAAUUCUGCGCUCCUUUUCGUUACUCCGAUGGUAUCACCUGCGGUGAAGGUAGAUGCUUCAGGAGGUGUAUUCAGAAGUUUGGGGGGCUUCACUGGGAUCCUGGGCUCCGGCACCAAAUCUAUUGGUCCCUCCAAUAAGACUGUAGCUUUGUUCGGAACUGCACAGGCUCUUGGAAGUUGGAUGAUUUACGACGGGGACGUUCAAAGCGGGUCUGGGUUUCUCGCCGCAUGGUCCGCGUUAUACCUUAUAGUGGCAGGUCGUGGAUCAUUCAAAGCGUUGCGGUACAGAACGUGGCCUUUGGCACUCAGCGUCGCGGCUGCGUCCAACGCGUACCUGUACACGCGGGAAUUCGUAACCAGCGGGUUUAUUUAG